CCCAGGCCGCCCAGGCCGCCCACACCCCAGGCCGUCCACGCCCCAAGCCGCCCUCACCACCGACACCCCAGGCCGCCCAGGCCGCCCACACCCCAGGCCGUCCACGCCCCAAGCCGCCCUCACCACCGACACCCCAGGCCGCCCAGGCCGCCCACACCCCAGGCCGUCCACGCCCCAAGCCGCCCUCACCACCGACACCCCAGGCCGCCCAGGCCGCCCACACCCCAGGCCGUCCACGCCCCAAGCCGCCCUCACCACCGACACCCCAGGCCGCCCAGGCCGCCCACACCCCAGGCCGUCCACGCCCCAAGCCGCCCUCACCACCGACACCCCAGGCCGCCCAGGCCGCCCACGCCCCAGGCCGCCCUCACCGCCUACAAACGCCACCAAACCCUCGACUUGCUCGCCCGUGUUGUAUGAGCGGUGGCGUCCGCCCCGAGUGUCCCGUCCCUCUACCUGUCACUCCGCGUCUCCUCCUGACCACUCUCUCCACUGCCUGGCGUCCGCCCUUGUGCCUGGCGUUCGCCCUUGUGCCUGGCGUCCGCCCUUGUGCCUGGCGUCUGUCCUUGCGCCUGGCGUCCGCCCUUGUGCCUGGCGUCCGCCCUUGUGCCUGGCGUCUGUCCUUGCGCCUGGCGUCCGCCCUUGUGCCUGGCGUCCGCCCUUGUGCCUGGCGUCUGUCCUUGCGCCUGGCGUCCGCUCAACAGUCUUCCAACGCCGUAGAGUUAUAAUCACUCCAUCGUCUGGCGGCCCGUCGUGUGUUUGUGCUCCACUUAGAAGACAUUUUUUUUUCUCCACCGUCUUGACAUUCAUCUCACCAUCUGCCCAGCAGGUCACCAUCACGAGGAAGCCCCUCACUAUCUGCCCAGCAGGUCACCAUCACCCUGCAGCCCCUCACCAUCUGCCCAACAAGUCACCAUCACCCUGUAGCCCCCGUCAAUACCGUCAAGGGUUAACGUGUCAACAUGAGAAUUCUUCCUGGAAAUUGUGCACUCAGGCAAAAGAGAGUCGCUUGAGGCCGGCCACACACACCUUCCCCAACUCCUUACAUCUUCCGGUAACACCCCUCGAUAACCAGGCCGUCCAAAUACCUGGACGAUAUCUGGAUAUCUCCCGGUCCACGCAAAGAUAGUGCUACCCAGUGAACUGAAACGUUUAUCUCUGCGUAUAGCGGUUACUGCGGAAGGUCAGAGAAGCUCAGAUAGAAAUAUCGCGCAAAUAAGGUGUUAAAAUCAUUUGAUUUUGUGGUGAAAUUGACCGAGAAGUUAGUAAGCAAGUUGACCGGGAACUAGUUCAUUAUCUGUAGCUUCGUCUGGUGACACUGGUGGAAGUUGACAACCGGUGUCUGACCGGUUGGUGAGACUAAUAAUAUUUGUAGUGAGCGAUAAAAACUGUCUUCACAUCUACACUCCUUCCCUCCAAAAGAAAACUCUCUUCUGAAAAUUGAAAAGGAAAGCAAAAUUUCUUUCAGAUUUGGGAAAGAUGACCCAUCCUGGAAUCCAGUGUUGAAACCCCUAAUAUGUCUUGCAGUCCAUAGAUGUUGAAACUGAUUGGGCACUGGCAUAGACUAUACCUGUGAACCAAGUGGGGAGAUCCCCCCCCACCCCCACACCCACACACACUCACACCCACACCCACACACACCCACACACACACACACACACAUACACACACACACACCCACACACACACACACACACACACACACACACACACACACACACACACACACACACACACACACACACACACACACACACACACACACACACAUCACCUCCAAGAUCUAAAAACCCACUAAAUCAAAAAUUAUCCUUACCCAAGAAUAAUGUUAAUCUGUAGCACCUACAAGUUAAUAUAUUCAAAUAUUGACCAAAUUAACAAUUGAACAAUAUCACUAAGACUUGCGUCUUGAAGACCAGUAAGACGACAUCUCGCUAGUAUAAGUGCGACACUUAGAACACAUAAGUGUUGCCCCUCAAGAUAACACUUCAGGUGCUAGUAAAGUGUGGCACUGGUGACCAUGAAGUGCCAGGCACCUGUGGCACGGGUCAACACCUGCUACACCAACACCACUCUUAUAUUAUGUUGCCAAGUCCUGUGGAUUAUAUAAGUGAACUGAAGCUUUAAGUAUAUAAGUGAACUGAAGCUUUAAGUAUAUAAGUGAACUGAAACUUUAAGUAUAUAAGUGAACUGAAGCUUUAAGUAUAUAAGUGAACUGAAGCUUUAGGUAUAUAAGUGAACUGAAACUUUAAGUAUAUAAGUGAACUGAAGCUUUAGGUAUAUAAGUGAACUGAAGCUUUAAGUAUAUAAGUGAACAUAAGCUUUAGGAAUAUAAGUGAACUUAAGGAAAUCUUAAGUAUAUAAGUGAAGUUAAUGAAGCUUUAAGUAUAUAAGUGAACUUAAGGAAGUUUUAAGUAUAUAAGUGAACUGAAGCUUUAAGUAUAUAAGUGAACUGAAACUUUAAGUAUAUAAGUGAACUGAAGCUUUAAGUAUAUAAGUGAACUGAAGCUUUAAUUACAUAAAUGAACUUAAGCUUUAAGUAUAAAAGUGAACUAAAGCUUUAAUUAUAUAAGUGAACUGAAAGAAGUUUUAAGUAUAUAAGUGAACUGAAGCUUUAAGCAUAUAAGUGAACUUAAGGAAGCUUUAAGCAUAUAAGUGAACUUAAGGAAGCUUUAGGUAUGUAAGUGAACUUAAGGAAGCUUUAAGUAUAUAAGUGAACUUAAGGAAGCUUUAAGUAUAUAAGUGAACUGAAGCUUUAUGUAAGUGAACUGAAGCUUUAAUGAUAUAAGUGAACUUAAGCUUUCAGUAUAAAAGUGGAAUGAAGCUUUAAGUAUAUAAGUGAACUAAAUCUUCGAAUACAUAAGUGGUCUAAGGCUUUACAAAUAUAAGUGAACUAAAGCUUUAAUUAUAAAAGUGAACUAAAGCUUUAAGUAUAUAAGCGAACUAAAGUUUUAAGUAUAUAAGUAAACUAAAGCUUUAAGUACAUAAGUGAACCAAAUCUUCGAAUGCAUAAGUGGUCUAAGGCUUUACAAAUAUAAGUGAACUAAAGCUUUAAUUAUAUAAGUGAAAUAAAGCUUUAAUUAUAUAAGUGAACUAAAGCUUUAAUUAUAUAAGUGAAAUAAAGCUUUAAUUAUAUAAGUGAACUAAAGCUUUAAUUAUAUAAGUGAAAUAAAGCUUUAAGUAUAAAAGUGAACUAAAGCUUUAAGUAUAUAAGUGAAGCAGCGACACGCGCCAUGGCUGGUAAAGGAGCCGCUCGCUAAAGCCGAAGAUGCAAGUGAACUAUAAUAAAGGAAUAAAGACAUAAAGAUAAAGUUUUAGACAAGUAGUGGGACGAGCGACGAAAUGACGCUUUAUAGACGUUCCAGGCGUUCGAAAAUCGUCCAGGAUUUCAGUGUCUAAGGGUUCGAAAAAUCGUCCAGGAGUUCAGUGUUUAAUGGUUCGAAAAAUCGUCCAGGAUUUCAGUGUCUAAGGGUUCGAAAAAUCGUAAAGGAUUUCAGUGUCUAAGGGUUCGAAAAUCGUCCAGGAUUUCAGUGACUAAUAGUUCGAAAAUCGUCCAGGAAUUCAGUGUCUAAGGGUUCGAAAAAUCGUUCAGGAUUUCAGUGACUAAGCGUUCGAAAAUCGUCCAGGAUUUCAGUGUCUAAGGGUUCGAAAAUCGUCCAGGAUUUCAGUGUCUAAGCGUUCGAAAAAUCGUCCAGGAUUUCAGUGUCUAAGCGUUCGAAAAUCGUCCAGGAUUUCAGUAUCUAGGACUUUCAGCUGCUUGGAGUCUCCAGAUCUAAGACAUUCCAGUAUUCUGACACUUGCUAGGAUUUCUAGUUCCUAGGAAAAGCAAGUUGGAGCAGAUCAAAAACUGGAACUAUCGCCUCCUUGGCUCCUUGCUUCCAGGAAGACGUGUAUACUAGAAGGUAGGUUCCAGGAAGACGUGGAGGCAGGAAGACAGCUUCCAGGAGUAGGUGGAGGCAGGAAGACAGCUUCCAGGAGUAGGUGGAGGCAGGAAGACAGCUUCCAGGAGUAGGUGGAGGCAGGAAGACAGCUUCCAGGAAGACGUGUAUACUAGAAGGUAGCUUCCAGGAAGACGUGGAGGCAGGAAGACAGCUUCCAGGAGGACGUGUAUACUAGAAGGUAGCUUCCAGGAAGACGUGGAGGCAGGAAGACAGCUUCCAGGAGGACGUGCAGGCAGGAGGACAGCUUCCAGGAGGACGUGGAGGCAGGAAGACAGCUUCCAGGAGGACGUGGAGGCAGGAAGACAGCUUCCGGGAGGACGUGCAGGCAGGAAGACAGCUUCCAGGAGGACGUGGAGGCAGGAAGACAGCUUCCAGGAGGACGGGCAGGCAGGAAGACAGCUUCCAGGAGGACGUGGAGGCAGGAAGACAGCUUCCAGGAGGACGGGCAGGCAGGAAGACAGCUUCCAGGAGGACGUGGAGGCAGGAAGACAGCUUCCAGGAGGACGGGCAGGCAGGAAGACAGCUUCCAGGAGGACGGGCAGGCAGGAAGACAGCUUCCAGGAGGACGUGGAGGCAGGAAGACAGCUUCCGGGAGGACGUGCAGGCAGGAGGAUAGCUUCCAGGAGGACGGGCAGGCAGGAAGACAGCUUCCAGGAGGACGUGCAGGCAGGAAGACAGCUUCCAGGAGGACGGGCAGGCAGGAAGACAGCUUCCAGGAGGACGUGGAGGCAGGAAGACAGCUUCCAGGAGGACGGGCAGGCAGGAAGACAGAGAGGAUGAGGUGGGAGUGGCUGCUCCAGCUAACUGUGGUGGUUCUUGUCGCGACACACCGCGUCUCCCGCACCUGGCGCACCGACCGACGACCCCGGCUCUUCGGCACCAAGCUACACCUGAGGUCACUGGAGCCCGCCAAACACAGCAUUCAAAGAAAACUCGUCCAAUUCCACAACUUCUUCAGGUCAAAGGUCAAGCCUCCUGCCUCCAAUAUGCUGGCGAUGAGCUGGUCGGCGGCAGCAGCGUUGGGCGCUCAACGGUGGGCCGACGCCUGUCAACUGUUGGUCCACGACAACGCCACCGGUCGUACCGUCCACGAGUUCGGCGCCUGCGGCCAGAACAUCUUCGUCGCCACACACCAAGUUCCAUGGUUCUUCGCCGUCAAAACCUGGUGGUUGGAGAAGGACAACUUCACGUAUGGCGGGAGGAAGAACGACCUGGAGGUGGUUGGGCACUACACCCAGAUGGUGUGGCACUCCUCCCACCAGGUGGGCUGCGGCCUCGCCUUCUGCGCCCUCGCUACACCCAAACCUUUUUACAACUAUGUCUGCAACUACUGCCCCAUAGGUAACUACCUUCAGAGCCUGCCCCGGCCCUAUGCCCAGGGCACACCCUGCUCUGGGUGCCCUGGGCACUGUAAGGGCAAGCGGCUCUGCACCAACUCCUGCCCCUACGGCGACCUCUGGAUCAACUGCAAGGAGCUCCAGCUGGCCUUCCCCGCCUGGCUCUGUAAUACAAGAAGUAAGGAGGGCUUGGAACGUCUUCGUCACUGUCGGGCAACUUGCAAAUGUAAGGGCAAGAUCACCUACCCCUGAGACUCGCGCGCGCGUGUGUGUGUGUGUGUGUGUACGUAUGACAUACACACGUACACACGAGCCUGCUAAACCACUGCUAUGGCUGUGCCCGAAACGCUCGUCAACUGAUAAGAUUAUUUCAUAAUAAACAUUAACCAUU